UCUCCCUGUGCAUGUCCGCAGAAAGCGUCCACCGGUGUGAUUGCUGUUUGUCUACUUGUUCCACAUGCAAAGAACGGCCAAAAGUUGAGGAACUCAUGAUCUAAUUGAUUCGGUGACUUGUGCACUCAUCGAGAUGGCCCUGCCUGCUAAUUAUAAACAAGUGGCCAUUGCCACCUCCAACAUCGUCACUCCGACAAACCAAAGGAUCAGAGCAUCUGGCAGUGCUGGAGGUUCUAGUUCUAGUAAAGAUAACCAGAGUCCGUUUAUACAAACUGCUCAUGGACACCCAGGUUUUGUACCUCAGAAAGUUGGAAAGAAUACUCCGGCCGACUCUAAAUUGCCAAAACCACCAAAACCUCCAGAGAAACCUCUUAUGCCGUAUAUGAGGUACAGCAGAAAAGUUUGGGACCAAGUUAAGGCACAAAACCCUGAAUUGAAACUAUGGGAAAUUGGCAAGAUCAUUGGCCAGAUGUGGAGGGAUUUACCUGAAGACGAGAAAACAGAAUUCAUAGAAGAGUACGAAGCUGAAAAAAUCGAAUAUGACAAGAGCUUAAAAACUUAUCAUGCUUCACCAGCAUAUUUAGCUUACAUAGCAGCCAAAAACAGAGGCAAAUCCGCGUUGUGUGCAGCCCAACAAAAUACCGACGAACGCGAAACUCACGAACGAUCCUCGAGUAGUAGUAAAAGUCAAAGUGCUCAAGACAGAAGGAUUGACAUUUUGGCAGCUGAGGAUGAAGAUGAUCAAGACGAUGGAUAUUCUGUAAAGCAUGUGGCAUAUUCGCGUUUUCUACGAAAUCAUCGGUUAAUUAAUGAUAUUUUUAGCGAUACCGUAGUUCCUGAUGUUCGUUCGGUAGUAACGACCCAAAGAAUGCAAAUUUUAAGACGACAAGUGCAAUCAUUAACUAUGCAUCAAAAAAAACUUGAAGCUGAACUACAGCAAAUUGAAGAAAAGUUUGAAGCUAAAAAAAGAAAAUUCAUUGAGACGAGCGAAGUUUUUCAAGAAGAAUUAAAAAAGCAUUGCAAGCCAGCAGUUGACGACGAUACAUUUAAUGAAAUGGUUGAGAGGCAGUAUGAAAUGUUAAAAAGAGAGAGGUUACGAGUUACUGAAGACAGUCGCUCAAAAAAUCCACCAUCAACUGAGUCAACGCCAAACUCGACUCCAACUCCAACUCCUGCAUCAGUAAAUGAAGAAAAUUCAUCAGAGGCGAAAGAUAGCGAAUCUUCAGAGACUCCUAUGGAGGUGGAUAAGCCAGAAGUAAAGAAAAGCACUCCUUCCCCGCCUUGCGUAGAUAACAAGCCAGAUUCACGUCCUGUUGAAAAAGCACCUGGACCAAACUAUCCACCAGUUGGCCCUCAUCAAAUGCAGCCUCCGCCUCCUCAGGCCGCUCCUCAAGUUUCUCAUCAAGGUCCUCCCCAGAAUUCUCCUCAGGGCCCUCCACAACAAAUGCCGCCUCAUCCACCAAUGCCGCAAGGACAUCCUGGCCAACAGUCAAUGCCUUUACAGCAGCAAAUGAUGCCACCUCAUCCAUCCCAACUUCCUCCAGGUCUUAUGAAUCAACAACAGCAGCAACAAAUGCCUGCGCCACCCCAACAAAUACCUUCACCUCAACAGCAAAUACCUUCACCUCAACAGCAAAUGCUUCCUCCGCAGCAGCAAAUGCCCAUACAUCAGCAACAAAUACCUACACUUCAACAACCAAUUCCACCCCAACAGUUGCCCCCUCAGCCUCCUCAACAGCAAAUGCCUCAUCAGCAGCAGCAUCAUCAACAGAUGCCUCCUCAGCAACAACAGCAACAGCAGAUGCCUCCUCAACAGCAACAAAUGCCUCCUCAACCUCCACAAUCUAGAACUCUGCAGCAAAUGCCACCAGGUGGCCCACAUAGUCAGCAGCAAGGACCUGGCCAGCAGCAAAUGUCUCAUGAUCAACAACACCAACAACCGAUGCAUCCACCUCCUACACAAAGUGAAUCAAGUUCUCAACCGCAACAAAUGCCUCCUCCGCACCAGCAGGUUUCACCAACAGGUCCUCCUAAUCAACAAUCAAUGCCUCCCCAACAAAUGCCUCCACAACAAUCACAGCACAUGUCACCAUCACAGCAGCAUCAAAUGCCUUCUCAGCAACAGCAACAAAUGCAAGCACAACCUUCAAUGCCUCCUCAACAACAAAUGCAAGCACAACCUUCAAUGCCUCCUCAACAACAAAUAUCACAUCAACAGUCGCAAUCCCAAAUUACUGGAUCUCCUUAUCAUCAGCACCAUCUACCCCCUCACCCAUCUCAAAUACCGCAAGGACCUAAUCAGCAGCAGAUGCCACCUCAACAGCCACUGUUACCUCCUCAGCAGCAACAACAAAUGCCUUCCCAGCAGUUGCUAAGUCAACAACAGUCGCAACAUCCUUCCCAGCAACAACAAUUAUCCUCUCAGCAUCAACCACAAAUUCCCCCACAACAAGGACCUCAAUCUCAGCAGCAGCAACAGCAUCAACAACAACAACAGCAGCAGCAGCAUCAACAACAACAACAACAACAACAACAGCAGCAGCAGCAGCAGCAGCAGCAAAUGCAAUCCCAACAACAAAUGCCGCAAAUUCCUAAUCAACAAGGAAUGUCACCUCAAGGACAACAACAAAUGCCAACAGGUUUACCUAGUCAGCAGCAAAUACCCUCUCAACAACAACAACCGCAAAUUCCUCCAUCUCCGCAACAGCAGAUGGGUCAGCAGCAACAGAUACCAUCUCAGCAACAACAAAUGCCACCUCAACAACAGCAAAUACCCUCGCAACAGAUGCAUCCUCAGCAACCACCCCAGAUGCCUCCACAACAACAGCAACAACAACAAAUGCCCCCUCAACAACAGCCGAUGCCUCCGCAGCAGCAGCAGCAGCAGCAGCAGCAGCAAAUGCCACCACAACAACAAAUGCCAGGACCGCAAAUUUCUGGUUCUCCUUAUUCACAAAUACCACCACAUCAACCAAAUAUGCCUACAGGUCCCCCACAACCAGGCAAAAUGCCUCAAGUGCCGUCCACAACAGCAGCCGCAGCUGUAGCUGCUGCAGCAGUGGCGGCAGCGAACGCCGCGGCUAAUCAAAUGCCGCCUCACCAGCCACCAUCAACAAUGAUUCCUGGACAUUCAAUGCCUCCGCAUCAAGGGCCUCAAAAUCCUCCGAUCCACCCACCACCUGGUGCGCCCCCAGGUCACGCACCCCCGCCUGGUAUGAUGCAAGGCGCACAAGGCUACCCUCAACAAUACCAGCCACCUGGUGGCCAACAGCCCCAGACCGUACCUCUGGCCCCGCGACCACCUCAUCCUGGCUAUGGCUAUCCUCAGCAACAGUAUCAUCAACCGUAUGCCCAGUACUCGCAUCCUUAUUACCAUCAACCGUACUCGCAGUACCCGCCACAUGCGAUGGCACGACCACACCAACACGGAUCGCAUAGUCCGCACGGACCACACAGUCCGCAUUACCAUCCACAAAGUCCACAUGGAGAUGUUUCUGGUGCCAAUCCUGCCAUGGGUGGGGCUCCAGGCGGUGCGGUGAACAGCUCAGAGCAAGGUGGCGGUGCGCCUACAUACCCACCUGUUUCGGUACACAGUGAAAGCGAACGCCAGGGUGCAGUAGAAGGCCAGGAUAGCCAGACAGAUGGCAAAUCGGGCUCGGGUUGAACGCCAUGGCCUCAUCCCGAGACUUACUUAUCACAGGGACGUUGAUUGAGGAGAACCAGCUUGAUCGACGAUCGUCCAACUAUUAUUUAACUAGGUGUAAUUGUAAAGUAAAUCAGGUAGAUUACAUAAGAUUGAUAUGUAGUGAUAAGUAAGAACAAUAAUGAGGAUGCGAUUUUUGUAAGAUGUGUAUUUUCCAAAAGAGUAAAUAAUGCAUCUUCUUGCAGCUAAAAAGUCACUGGUUUUCUCAUUGAGUUUUUUUUUAUCUCAUUUGUUUACUUUGUCAUAAAAUAUAUUAUACUUGUACGUAAGAUUGGCAAAUUCAACGAACCUCUAUGUAAAAUAUAUGCAGAGCAACUUGUAUG